GCCAUCUUUAGCACAGCACAAAACGAAAUCUUCCAUUGACCGACAAAAAACUACACUUAUAAUCUAACAUGUUGUCUGGUCAUCACCAUUUACGGUGCGACUCAAUGUGGUGUGUACGACGUACGAUGUUUGUCUCCGCCAUAGCGGCAACCCUCGUGUGGGUUGCUGCUUCCGGCGAAGCCAAAGUAAAGUUGCCGGAGGAGGUGGUGGUGCCGGCGCUGAUAGGUUUCGGAGAUUCCAUAAUAGAUCAAGGCAUGAACAACUAUAUUCCGACCGUCGUCAAGUGCAACUUUCAACCCUAUGGGGAGGACUUUAUGGGGGGAAAGCCCACUGGGCGCUUUACCAAUGGCAAGACCCCCACUGAUAUUAUAGCUGAGCUAUUGGGAAUCAAAGAUUAUGUGCCAGCUUAUUUGGACGCGAGUUUAACCCCCGAGGAUCUGAAAACGGGAGUCAGCUUUGCAUCCGGAGCCAGUGGAUAUGACCCCCAAACGCCCCAAAUUGUGUCGGUGUUCCCGCUGUCGCAACAAAUAGAGUACUUCAAAGAGUAUUUGGGGAAGCUGAAGGCCGCGUUUGGUGAAGAGCAAACAAAGUUCAUAUUAGACAACAGCUUAUUCUUGGUGGUCGCCGGCAGCGACGACCUUGCCAACACCUACUUCACCGUCGGAAUCCGCCGAUUGCAUUACGACGUUGAUGCUUACACUGAUCUUAUCAUACAGGGUGCUUCCAACUUCAUUCAAGAAUUGUACGCACUGGGAGCAAGAAGGAUAGGAGUAUUCAGCGUGCCACCAAUAGGAUGUUUGCCAUCGCAGAGGACACUGGGAGGAGGGAAGAGUCGGGGCUGCGCAGAGAAUUACAAUGACGCUGCCAAAUUGGCCAAUUCCAAGUUCUCAGCUACGCUUCAGUCCUUGUCCACCACCUUAUCCAAAUCCAAGCUCGUUUUUAUUGACAUCUACGAACCCCUCCUUCACAUCAUGCUCAACCCUCAACAAUAUGGAUUUGAAGUGGCUGAUAAAGGAUGCUGUGGAACGGGAAACGUAGAGGUUGCGGUUUUAUGUAACAAAUUGUUACCCACAUGUGAAGAUCGCGAGAAGUAUUUGUUUUGGGAUAGUUAUCACCCCACAGAAAAAGGUUACAGAACCCUUGUAAAUAAGGUCAUCUACAAGUAUAUUGACGAAUUCUUCUAAGCACCCUACCUCCCGCUUAUUAAUUAUUGGUUAAAUCGUACGUCAUUGAAACCUAAGCUACUUAUAUCGUUUUCAAGCCUCUCGCAAUAGUAUGUUAUUUUUUUGCCAUUUCACUUUGAAAUACUACGAUGUAUUAGCUUCUUCAAUUCUAGCUAGCAAGAACUUACUGUUAGCUAGCUAGUUGUUUACCAACCGGGGUGAAUUGAAUUUACCUACACACAAUUUCUCAAUUUCUAUGUCUAUAUGCAUAAGGUUUAGGUACGUUUUCAGUCCCUACAAAUAUAUGAUCAAAU